GUCAGCUAUAGACCUCACAGUGAGAACCAAAAACCCUCGAGCUCUCUCUAUCGCUGUGAGAAAAACCAAAACCUCUCAGAGUGUCUCUACGUUUUGCUUGAGAACUUUUUAGGGUUUCAAAAGCCGAAAAUGGGACAGCAAACGCCGCCGUCGCCACAGCAGCAAGUGUCGUUCACGGUGGAGCAAUUGGUCGCCGUCAAUCCAUACAACCCCGAUAUCCUCCCCGAUCUCGAAAGCUACGUCAACGAGCAGGUUUCGUCACAGACUUACAGUCUUGAUGCGAAUCUCUGCCUGCUUCGUCUGUAUCAGUUUGAGCCGGAGCGUAUGAGUACUCAGAUUGUUGCUCGUAUUUUGGUUAAGGCACUGAUGGCAAUGCCGGCUCCUGAUUUCAGCCUCUGUCUCUUCCUAAUUCCUGAAAGAGUGCAAAUGGAGGAGCAGUUCAAGACUCUCAUUGUGCUAUCUCACUAUUUGGAGACUGGAAGAUUCAGUCAAUUCUGGGAUGAAGCAUCUAAGAAUCGUCACAUACUUGAAGCUGUCCCAGGUUUUGAGCAAGCGAUCCAAGCUUAUGCAGUUCAUGUUCUUUCCUUGACUUACCAAAAGGUUCCCAGAUCUGUGCUUGCUGAGGCAAUCAACCUUGAAGGUUUAUCCUUGGACAAAUUCCUUGAGCAUCAUGUAGCCAACAGCGGAUGGGCUCUUGAAAAAGGUCAUGGCAAGGGCCAACUCAUUGUUUUGCCUCGAAAUGAGUUCAACCAUCCAGAGCUGAAGAAAAGCACAGAUGAUGGAAUUCCAUUAGACCAUGUGGCUCGAAUCUUUCCCAUCCUGGGUUGAUUUGCUUUCCUGUCAACCUCUACAUGGACCUUGUGAGAACAUUUCAGGCUCCGGAUUAUAAGACUACUGAUAUGAUUACAUGGCUUAGGUGGUUCAUUACUUCAUUAUGGCUUUGUAGCUUCGUUUAUUCUGUUUUGACUUUGAGUAUGUUGAAAACCUGAUACGCCCAAGCAGCGGCAGAAUUUAAUAUCAUGUCUCUGUUAUUGGUCUCUUUA